CUUUCCCCGGCCAAUUACUGUGUUGACAGACACUUCUACCUGCCCACCGCGCAGAAGGCGGGGUCAGGUGCUCCGUAGGAGACUCUCCCAGGCCCUUCCUUUAUCAGGCGAGAGAGGCGGUAACGGGUCUCGACAGGCAUCCACCCCCGCCAGGCUGCGGUGCGAAUCCCGGCCCCGGGUACUGCUGGUGCGGCAAAGUGGAGGUCGGGGCCUGGGACGAGCAAUCGCUGCAGAAGUCCUCCUGACAACACACUGAAACGAGAACUUCUACCAUCUCUGCUUUUCAAAAGAGGAAGCUGCGCCGAGGCUGUGUCUGCGCUACAUACCCAGGAAGUUGAUGCCGAAGAUAAGCCUUUGCCUUCAUCCUGACCCCUCCCCACUCUCCCCUUUGUUUAAGACUCAAGGAUGUCUGUCUCUCUCUCCCAACACGGCCAUUCCCAUCUUGGCACUGGCUGCUUUUGGUUUUGCAUGACCUUCCCCCAGAUUACUUCUUAUCGUCCAGGCCCCAAAAGUGGUAUUUCGUCAGAUCCCUUUGCAUCCCACCAGGCUCUCCGUCUUUUUUCGUAAAUCACAGGACUAUGGAUGCCUAUCGGCGUCUUAUUUGUCCGUUUUUCCUUAUGUUCACUUUUGGAACACAACCUUUACGAAAGCAGGGACCUCGCAUACAGUAGGCAAAGUCCUUUCCACCUGGACUUUCCCCUCGACUUCCACUCGUUCUGUCCAUCACGAGGGGCGUGGGUGGGAGGGUUGCUGGUGCGGGCUGAGGUCCUCGCCUGCUGGAAAUUCCAGCCCAAGAAGCAGGGAGCCCUGUUAGGAUCAGAGGCAACUCGGCCCCAAAGGCGGACGAUCACCAGGAAGAUCUUUAAAACCCCAGCUAACCCCGGGCAAAAUCUUCAAGUUCCAGUCAGCUGGUCCGCGUCUCGCCUCCUUGAGCCCGCAGCCCUGACACACCCCAGAGCGGCAGCGCCGCCCAUCCCAGCCUCGCCCCACAGCUCCGCGCGUACCCGUCCCAGAGUCCCCCGCGCGCGUCCCAGGCCCCGCCCUGCGGCGCCGCGCACGCCGGUCCCGGCAUUCCCCGCGCGCCUAGUUAGGGCGGAGCGAGCGGGCUCCUCUCGGAGUCCGAAAGCCAAGCGUCUGUCACCAGCCCCCCCGCGGUAUCCUGGGGGUGCCAUGGAGCCCCGGGUGGUGGCGGAUGCUGUGGAGACAGGAGAGGAGGAUGUGAUUAUGGAGGCUCUGCGCACGUACAACCGGGAGAACUCCCAGAGUUUCACGUUUGAUGAUGCCCAACAGGAGGACCGGAAGAGACUGGCGGAGCUGCUGGUCUCGGUCCUGGAGCGGGGCUUGCCACCCUCCCGCCGCGUCACUUGGCUGCAGAGCAUCCGCAUCCUGACCAGGGACCGCAGCUGCCUAGAUCCUUUCACCAGCCGCCAGAGCCUGCAGGCACUUGCCUUCUAUGCUGGCAUCGCCUUGGAGGGGUCCGUCCCUGAGCCUCUGGACAUGGACGUUGUACUCGAGUCCCUUAAGUGCCUGUGCAACCUCGUGCUCAGCAGCCCGGUGGCACAGGCGCUGGCCGCAGAAGCCCGCCUAGUGGUGAGGCUCGCAGAGCGCGUGGGGCUGUAUCACAAGAGCAGCUUCCCACACGAAGUCCAGUUCUUUGAUUUGCGCCUCCUCUUCCUGCUAACGGCUCUUCGCACUGAUGCCCGCCAGCAGCUGUUUCAGGAGUUGCAGGGGGUGCGCCUGCUGACUGAUGCCCUGGAGCUGACACUGGGAAUGACCCCUGAUAUGGGCCCUCCUGAGCUCCUUCCUCCUCAGGAGACUGAGCGGGCCAUGGAGAUCCUCAAAGUGCUCUUCAACAUCACCUUUGACUCCAUCAAGAGAGAGGUGGAUGAGGAAGAUGCUGCCCUUUAUCGGCACCUGGGGACCAUUCUGCGGCAUUGUGUGAUGGUCGCUGCUGCUGGAGACCGCACAGAGGAGUUCCACGGCCACACAGUGAAUCUCUUGGGAAAUUUGCCCCUUAAGUGUCUGGAUGUCCUUCUUACCCUGGAGCCACAUGAAGGUUCCCUGGAGUUCCUGGGAGCAAACAUGGAUGUGAUUCGUGUCCUCCUCAGCUUCCUGGAAAAGCGUCUGCACCAGACACACAGGCUGAAAGAGAGCGUGGCCCCCGUGCUGAGCGUGCUGACGGAGUGUGCCCGCAUGCACCGCCCUGCAAGGAAGUUCCUGAAGGCCCAGGUGCUGCCCCCGCUGCGGGACGUAAGGACCCGGCCUGAAGUUGGGGACCUGUUGCGGAACAAGCUCGUUCGCCUCAUGACACACCUGGAUACUGACGUGAAGAGAGUGGCAGCUGAGUUCCUGUUUGUCUUGUGCUCCGAGAGUGUGCCCCGAUUCAUCAAGUACACGGGCUACGGAAAUGCUGCGGGCCUCCUGGCUGCCAGGGGCCUCAUGGCGGGGGGCCGGCCUGAGGGCCAGUAUUCAGAGGACGAGGACACGGACACAGAGGAAUACAAGGAAGCCAAGGCCAGCAUAAACCCAGUGACCGGGAGGGUGGAGGAAGAGCCGCCCAACCCCAUGGAGGGCAUGACAGAGGAGCAGAAGGAACACGAGGCCAUGAAGCUGGUGAACAUGUUUGACAAGCUCUCCAGGCACAGAGUCAUCCAGCCUAUGGGGAUGAGUCCCCGGGGUCAGCUUACAUCCCUGCAGGAUGCCAUUUGUGAGACCAUGGAAGGGCAGCUCUCCUCGGAACCCGACUCAGACCCCGACUGAGGACACCCACUCUUCUGUUCACCCUUCAGAACUGGUGCUGCUGCCAGAGAUGGCCUUGAGACCGUGACCCGAGGAAGCCAUGCUUGGAGACCCUUUUCUCUUUACUUCCAAAGUUCUGUAAAUGGUUUGUCUCUGGUCCAAUUUCUUAUCUUUAGGACUUUGAGGGCCUGUCCUGCUGCAGCUCUGGGAACUCAACCUUGAUCUCCACAGAUGAGGUGGUCUUGUGUGCCAAGAGGAUGUGUGCGGAGGCUGCUGCCUGGGGGCAGGGGCCGAGCAUGGGCACAUGUACACGCAGUCAUGUCCAGGGCUGGCAUACUGACCCAGAGCUUCUGUGUCAGGCAAGCGCUGCAGUUCCCAGGAAAAGAAAUUGCUAGGACCAUGUAUACUAAUGUCAGAAACAUACUUUCAAGGUAUGCUCUGCUGUUUCUGUCCCCACUGAGCUCAGGACUGGUAGUCUCCUCCUAUGCAUUCUUGGUCGUCUGUCAGCACUCUGCUGUAGUAUCCACAGCACCCAAGCUCUCACUGGUUGUGACAGUGGAAUCCUGGCCUUCCCACUGGCGUAGACAAUAAAUAAUGAAGGAAAAUGCACCUCGUAAAACCAUAA